AGCAGCGAAGUGUUACGAUUAAAACUGGGUCAAAAUAAGGUGCAAAUAAUAUAUGUAAUCAGAUAAUCGACUACUUGCUGUAAUAAUAUUGUUAGUGUUAAUAGUGUUUGCCGAAAAUAAGCCUUUAAUAUGGAAUAUAUGAAGAUACGGAUUCUGAUGAUCCUGUUUGUAUACAUUUUGGAAGGCACUUUUGCCAUAUGCAGGAAAAGAUGCCGGAUUCAGUAUCCACAGACAUGUCCGCAAGGAUUUAAUUGUAUGAAAACUGAGAAAGAAGACAAAACAUUAUACCAUUGUCAUGAAAUCUGUAAAUAUACCAAUACUGGGCUUGUACCAGACGACAAACAUUGUGCCCGAUACUACGACUGUGCAGACAAAAGUGUGCAAACUGGAUUGCAAGUUCCAUACCUGAGAGAAUGUUUCCCUUUCCAAUUAUUUGAUACCAACACAGAUAAGUGUGUGAAUUACAAUGAAGUCAGCUGCAACAGAAGAUUCGAGCCCAAGAAUAGAUGUGAUUAUCAAUGGUACAGGGACCAAGAGAGAAUAAGUAAGAGUUGCCAUUUUGUCUACAAGAAGACAGAUUGUUCAGAAUGUGAAUGGCCAGGCUGUGGAAAUAUGCCUAAUGGAUGGAAUCGUAUCCCAAAUAUAAAACAUCUUACUGUGUUUUGUCUUGACGGGAGGGAUGAUACUUAUAAUGGUUGUGACAUUGGGUAUGAACCAGCAGAACUAACUGAAAAAACAUAUUGCAUUCCUUCAAGUUAGAGCAUCUGACAAAAACUUGCAAAAAGUUGCAAAACUUGAACUGUAAUCAUCACUUUUUGUAAUAUAUAUAUUACAUAUUACAUUAUUAUAUAUAUAUAUAUAUAUAUAUUGAAGAACUUUGUAUGAUAAACUUUGAAGAAACAUCUUGAGUAAUGAUGAUAAAAUCGACACGUAACGCUGAUACUUCCAUGAUAACUGUAUUUAUAUGGUACUGUUGAAGAUCACUACUGAAUGCACAUACCAUUAAACAUGGUUUGAAACCCUGUAAAAUAUCCAUUGAAGUUGGAAAAACCGUUAAUUAACCCCAUUAAUUCUUGCAUCACUUUAUCUAACAGGUUUCACAAUAUUAAUGGGUUACCUGUUAAAAUAACAUUAAAAUACCCAUUUUUACCAU